AUGACGACGGUGAAUAAGCUAGAGAACAUGGUAAUUCAGGUGACCAACGAUCUGACCAAAGAAAAACAGACCCUUCUCAACUCCCAAAUCGAAGCUGUCGACGGUGAAGUCGCAGCCUGGAACUCCGGAUAUGAUGUCAUCAAAACGAUUUCUGGAUUAACUGGCAUUAAAGGUGAAGUGGGAACGAAGUUUCUGGAUGAGAAGAUCCAGUCUUUGAAAGGCGUUAAAAAAGCCAUGCAAAAAGAAUUGGAAUUUUUGAAAUCGCAAGCUAAGUCUAUUGACGAUACUUUCAAGCGCCUUAUAUCUUAA